GUGAGUCCUAGUAGUUUCUCUAAACUUCUACUCUUCCUCACAGUCUUUCACUCGUACGUUGAAGAAUGCUUAGACACACUCCGACGUGAAUUUCGUGCAUGUCUGCCUGACACAACAAAGAUCGAACUCAUGUCCUUAGGGACAAGUUGAUCUGAAAGCAUGUUCGGUUUCGUUCUCGAUCGAUAUCUUACACCAUCUCUAGUUCUCUACCAUACAUAGGAACGAUGAAAACUAGGUGCAUAGUACAAAUGUGCUCAAUUUCUUUGGGCAAGGACUGGAAAGUUACUCAAAUUACUUAGUUUGUGUUUUCUCAAAGCAUGGAUAAUCACCAUGAUCUAUGAGCCUUUUAACAAUACGUUCAACCCAACCAGCUGGUUUUCAAUAUUCAUUCCUUGCUCGUAUAAGCCUAGGUACUGCUCACUUUGAGCACACCUCAAUCGUUAUUAUCCAUGAAGGCAACUUUCCUCUCUAAAUCUAGCGUUGGUUACUAGUCGCCGGGAGAAACCGUCGUGAAAGUCCCGCACUGUGAUUUCCUGGCGAUCUUUAGCGACGGUCCUUUUACCAUUCAGCGUUCACGUGGCCUACUGUCAGAAAAGCGUGACGGUUUGCCCGACGCAAAUAACCGUCGGUAAAAAGGAUUUAAGAUAGGAUUUGACCGAAAUCAAAGGUUUGAUCAAUAGCGAAUCAAUGAAUUAAGCACAACGGAACGGACCCAAUAACAAGAACGAAGCAACUCGGCCGAAACAAAAUAUGACAACAACAAUAUUAACAAGCAUCUCUUCCUUAAUUCUCUUAUACCUUCUACCGCUCCACAAUACUCUAAACCCUCAUCUUAAUUAGCGGAUGAAUCGUCCCAUAAUUUUACUAACAAUAGUAGUUCGGAUCAUUGAAACACUCAUGUUUGGCCCAAAAGUAUCCUCAUUGUGCGACCCUUGGAAACCUUGAUCGAAGCGUUGACAUUGUUCUUUCUUUCUUUCUUCGCUCGGGAUACUCAAAUCGAUAAACAGGUUGAUUCUAACACAUUCAACACCACAUUUUAAAGAUCGCGAUAAAGGUUUUACUUUUAGUCAUAUCUCAUGUCGGUAGCUCAAAAUGUCAUAAAAAUACCAUUUUGUCCUCCCUUCCUAAGGUGAUAAGGAGCUCUAAAUUCUACAACUAAUAAUCCCAAUAACUAAUUACCAUAAUAAUUAUUCUUUAUUAAUGCUCAAAAUGUAUAAAAGGCAAGUAAUAAUUUAUAAUUCAUUUACGAUCCAAAUUUUAUUUUUUUAGGGGGGUAAGACGAUGCAAUUUUUUUUCCCAUUCGUGUCCUGAUUCAAGCUUCAAGCUAUCAUUUUAAGCAAUCUAAAUUAACUCGAUCCCAUACAAUUAAUCUACACAAGUAUAUAUUUGGCUGCCAUACGGGACUUUGUAUUUAUUGCGUAUUACAUAUCGUAUAUUAUGGGAUACAAAUGGGAAGUGUACUGUUAUGUAAAUGUGUACAAUACAGAUAUACUACUAGGAUUCGGUAUCCAUAUGAAAGGAAAGAACAUCGGUGUGGCAUUUAUAUCAAUAAGAUUUGUAUCUUUCAUUAUGUAUCUAUAUAAACCAAAGGACCAUCAAACCUAAACAAAAAAUCAUCAAACACUAGAAAUCAUCAAUCACCUGCUAGGAGGAAGAAGAAAAAAAUUCCAAGGAGGAGGUCAAAAAUGAAGGGCGUCGCUCCAAUGAAGUUGGCUUUCUUGGUCGCUCUCUUAUUUCUCGUAGCUGCUGUGGUUGCGACGACAGAGAUCUACAGUUGCGAGAAGACGGAAGAGUGUCUUCUGUUCUGUGAUCACCAACAGUGCACAGUUUGUCACUGUGACCAGAAGAAAAAGGUUUGUAGUUGCUCCUUUGACGAAGAAGAACACACAGCAGCAGCACACCCGAUGCUCAACACUACUAUCCUCCAUUGAUCGAUCGAUCCCUCUAUAUGUUAUUCCUUUUUCUUGUGUUGGUGAAUUCCAUGUUGCAAUAAGAAAUCGAGUGUUUUCUUUUCAUUUGUCUGAUAUUUGACCGAAAUCACACCCACCAGGUAAACCGUAUAUUUGUCGUCGAUAUUGGUGCGAUACACAAAGACCAAUGAACAACUUAGAUCGGAGUGAACAACCCACCUGCUUGUCGUCCAAAUAGAUGAAUUGACCUACUUUUAUUUGGAUAGUACAUAUGAGGUACAAAUGUGAUAAGCACAAGUGCACUUGUUCUUAGCCAAAAACACUCAAGUGUAUAUUACGUGAUAAUUACGAUAAUACAAAGAGGGAAUUUUUUUGUAUUGCUAGGAUUUGGUAUCCACUAUCCAUAUGAAAGGAAAGAACAUCGUCAAUGACAUUAUCGUGCAAAAUGAUUUUCCUUGUACUAUGUGCAUUGAACAAAUGUACUUAUUACAAUAAUAUAUAAGGAAAGAAUAUCUUUCAUUUUACCAAAAUGGAAGAAUAUCAGUAGGAUAUUGUAUUUCUAUCAAUAUCUAUGGCUUAAUUGCAAGUUUGGUCACUCGAAUUGAUUUAUUCCAUUCGUAGCAGCGAUAAUAAUAUUGUAAUCCUUUUUUGUUGAGUCAAUCAUCAACUCUCUGUUCCCGUAAGAAAUGAAGUGUGAAAAA